AUGGCUAGUAUGGGUAAUAUGGAUACAACUUCUUCCCGCUCCUCCAAAGACCCCUCAAAGCUGUCCUUUCAGUCUACUAAGACGCGAAGACUGAUUUUAACGGCUUAUUGGGGUGUCAUUCUACUUGCGAUUCCUCUUUGGUGGAGAACUACCAGCAUUGAGCGACAGACCUUGCCUACAGCUCGUGUCAAUGCACAGCAAGGGAAAGAGUUAACAUUUCCCAUCCAUGUGCAUUUGGAUGUCAGCGACGAUCUUUCUGGUCGUGGAGGUGCACUAUACGAAGAAGUGCAAAGAAGCAUAGAACUUCAUCCGGAUCUCCGAGACACUGCUGGUUUGCGCAUUCGCGUAUCCUCGAAAGAGAAGCUUCCCGGGGCGUAUCGGGUUGUUGUAAAGGGCGGGAGCGAGAGCCCCAUCGUGGAUGGCCGACGACUGAUUUACGGCGUGCACCCCGAGAGUCAUACGCUGUCAAUGGAGUUGGCAGACGCACUUGCCACAUUGCUCUCGCCGUAUUCGACAUUGCGAAGUUCUCAAGCAGAACGCGUAGCGAAGUAUGCGCCACGAUAUCGGCUCGCGUUCACGUUGCUCAAUGAAGAUGCAGCGUCUGGAACUGCAGCAUUGUCUUGGGAUGUUCAUGCUUCCCUUUCUAGUCAUAUCGCACCAACACUGGAGAGGCUAUCAGUACUACAUAACUUCACUGUCGAGAGCCAGGUGCAGUUUUACGCCCCGUUAGCAUUCGAACCUCGGUCCGUUGGUGAUGGAUCUUCCCAUGGGUUGACACAGGAAGACUUGACUGUCUUCAUCAACUCUGCUGAGUGGACAUUAUCAUCUAGUGUUUCGAAUGAUCCAGUCCUGCAUUUUGUCCUCUUCAUUCCAUCAUCAAGUCACAGCCCCUUGUGUAUACUUGACAGCAACGGGACUCCUACUUCCUCUACGGCGUUCAUCCUUCCACAAUGGGGAGGAAUCGUCAUCUAUAACCCUCCGACCGCAAAUAUUACACUUCAGCUCACGUCCGACGCACUCAGCCCUGUCUUCACCACUUUCCAACAACAGCUUAUAGCGCUCCUUGGUGUGCCAGCUCUUCCUGCGCACAUACACACACAACACAAGACCGCUAGCGACGCGACAUUUACAGAUUGGCAACUAGACGCGUUGAUCCGCCGACGAGCUGUAGAAAAUACCAUGGGUGCACAAGACACUUUGCAAAGCAUCGUACGGCUUGUCACACAAAUUGAGAACAUGCCAGUAAAACGAGAUGUGAAGAAUGACGUACAGGAGGCGUUGAUGGAGCUGGAAGAAGCUUACGCGGCUACGUCGUUUUCAUCUGCACUCGCAUUGCAGCAUGCAAGCGAGGCUCUCACUUUGGCAUCGCGCGCGUUCUUCAAUCCAGGCAUGCUCGCGCUGUUGUAUUUUCCAGCAGAACACAACUAUGCGGUUUAUGCGCCAUUAUUUGCGUCAAUUUCUGCCCCUUUGGUUGCUGCACUAAUCCGGGAGAUAGUCGCUUGGAAAAGAGCGCGCAAGGCAAAACAGGAAGAUACUGCUGUGAAGCUGAAGGAUGAGUGA